ACGCACCCGCGGCCUUUCCUCCACCUGCCAGCUGGCACGGACUUCGCCCGCCCGCACCCCGCCCCCCGCUUCCGCGGCCGCUUCGGUUUCGGUUUCCUGGCGGCGCCCCGACCGCGCCCCGUUUCCUAGAGCCCGGACUUGGGACGGGGAGCCGCCCAUGGCCCCGGCCGGCCGCCUGCUCGCGCUCCUGGCCCGGCCGCAGAGCCCGUCUCGCGCGGGGGCCAUGGCGCAGCCCAGCUGCUUCGCGCUCGAGCUCCCGGGCGGCGGCCUCGCGCACUUCGCCGUGGGCACCGGGGGCACCGAGGGCCCCGCCGCGCCCCCCGACCCGCGCGCCGCCGCGCUCCUGGGCCCCCCGGGCCGCAGCUACGCGCUGUGCGUGCCGGUGGCGCCGGGCCGGGACUGCGCCGCCCGGGUGCGCGCCGCGCGGCUGCUCCAGCGCCUCCUCCUGCAGCUGCGCCGCGGGCCCCUCGGGCGCUGCCAGCUCCUCCGGCUGCUGCGCUACGGCCCGGGCGGCGGGGCGGGCGGCGGGGCGGGCGGCCUGCAGCGGGGCGUGCUGCUCCGCGACCCCGACGACAGCCCCGACACGCGGCGCGCGCUGCUGGCGCUGCUGGACUCGUGCCUGGAGGCCCCGCGCCCGAGCCUGGGCGAGUUCGUGGGCGACGAGAGCCACCAGCUGUGGCAGCGCCCGUGGGAGCUGCGAGGCGGCCGCGAGUGGCGGCAGGUGGACCCCGAGCGCGUCGUGCCCGCCCCGGAGCCUGCGCUGCACCCCGUGGUGCCCGACCUGCCCAGCUCCGGGGUCUUCCCCCACCGGGAGGCCGCGCGCGCCGUGUUGGAGGCGUGCACGCCCUUCAUGCCCGAGGCCCGGGCGGUGCUGGAGCUGGUGGACCGGUGCCCCCGGCAGGUGCUCAGAGGCGCGUUCCCGGUCAUCGUCAUAGAGGGCCUGGACGCCACAGGCAAAACCACCGUGACCCAGGCGGUGGCAGACGCCCUGCAGGCCGCCCUGCUGAAGUCGCCGCCCGCCUGCAUCAGCCAGUGGCGGCAGGCCUUCGACGACGAGCCCGCCAUCAUCAGGAGAGCCUUCUACUCUCUGGGCAACUACAUCGUGGCUUCUGAGAUAGCCCAGGCGUCCGCCAGGUCCCCCGUGGUGGUGGACAGGUACUGGCACAGCACGGCCGCCUACGCCAUCGCCACCGAGGUGAGCGGGGCGGUCCAGCACCUGCCCCCGGCCCACCACCCCGUUUACCAGUGGCCGAAGGACCUGCUCAGGCCCGACCUGGUCGUGCUGCUCACGGUGAGCCCUGAGGAGAGAUUGAGGAGGAUCAGAGGCCGGGGCCUGGAGAGGACCAGCGAGGAGGAGGAGCUGGAGGCCAACAGCGUGUUCCGUCAGAAGGUGGAGGUCUCCUACGCGCGGAUGGAGAGCCCGGGCUGCCACGUGGUGGACGCCAGCCCCUCGAGGGAGAGGGUCCUCCAGGCGGUGCUCAGCCUCAUCCGCGAUCGUUGUCCUCAGCUGCCGUGACUCGGCGCCUCGUCCGGUGUUCAAGCCGCUCCGCCCAGGGCUGGGUACUCGCUUUCCCGCUCGGUGUGUCCCGGAGAAUCGGGGACCAGGCCUCUCCGUGUCCCCCUAAUUAUCGUUUGUGCUUCUGACCGAUGGGCCACGUUCCCGUGGGCACCAGGAGAGAUUUCCGCCGGGCACCCCGCGCUGUUCUACGAACGCCGCCCCAGCAAAGUCCUCGGGGAAGCCCUCCCCGCUCAGCCUCCCCUCCCAGCCUCCACCACGCCCACACCUGCGCCCUGGCAAGACCCUGAUACGGUGGGCGUGGACGUCUGCCCAGCCCGGCCUCACCCCAUGGUCUUGACGGAGCCCCAGAUCCCAGAGCCAAGCCCUCCCACGGGACGUGCCUGCGGUCCUGGCCCCCAGGAGCGUCUGGUGGGCGGGGGCACGGGCACAGCCGGUGUCCACCUGUGUCGGCAGCUCACCACCCCGAGACCCCGAAGCGCAGGCGCGCCGGCCUUUCUGGAAUUACUCCUGCCUGUUCUGCUGCCACCCUUUCCUCUGGGCACUGGCUGUGGGUCUGGGGAGCGUCUUGCCCUGAGCUGGACUCCUGCAGGUGGCCAGGGCAGCCAUGUGGUUGUGUCGCUGAGUCUGGCAGGGUUUCCGUGGCCUGGGGCCGGGCUUCUCUACCAGCAAUGGGGCCGGGAAGCCACGGCCACGCGGGUGUGUCUUUCCUUCCCCAGCUGUGGUUUGUCUCACGUCGUGAGCACAGCGGGCCCUGGAGGGGGUCCCCUAGUGAGGGGUCUCGCACUUGAAUGUCUGUGAUGGCCCAUGAAAUCCGCUUGGCGGUCUGUUUGGCUAGAAAACAGUGGCUGAGAAAAGAGGACGUUUAACUGCUUGGUGGCUUUGGGUGAGUCAUGCAAUAUUAGUGGUAACUUGAUCAAAAUGGGAGAAUAAUGCUUGAUGUGUCUUACGGAGUGGGCGGAGCCAGGCGGUCACCUAAAUCUCUUCCAGUUCCAAGAUGGAUAGAUGAUUGUCUUCUUGAGACAGCCCCUCCCCCCCAGAUAAUUACAUUUGAGGCCUUAUCAGGAUCAUGCUAUGGAAUCUUAAAUUAUAGUAACGUUUAGUAUUAAUGAUAUUCCAUUUUUCAAAAGAACCCUGGGUAAUGUAUACACACUAUAUCGAUGCAUAUAAAUGGAAAUAUGAUUUCAUAUGAAAAUAUUUUUAAAGCUGACACAUAGUGUCGGGAUCCGUUAAGAUGUGACGUCAAAGUAUGUUCUUGGGGUUCGUGACUUGACGGUCUGCACAGCUUGCGUGCUGCCCCGGAAAACAAGCCUUCCAUCUUCCGUGCCUCCUUUCCGCCCCUCGCGGCGAAUAAACUCGCUGUGGUGUCC